AUGGAAGCUAAUCUCAAGCGUGGACAAGAUGAGAAAGAGAAGCUUGUUGAUCAAAUAUUGAACAAAAGGAUUGUUGGAAAACUUCAGUACUUAACAAUUACAAGACCAGAUAUCUCCUACUCAGUUAACAAACUGAGCCAGUUCUUGUCUACACCUAGAGUCACUCACCUACAUGCAACUCAAAGGGUCCUGCAGUAUGUUAAAGGUAGUACUGGACAUGGGGUUUUCUUUGAUAUACAAGGAGAUCUACAACUGGUUUCUGUAUCUUUGUUGGAACAUUUAUCAUCUCAUGGAAAAUUAAGAAACAACACUGUUUCAAGAUCUUCUGCAAAGACAGAAUACAAAGCAAUGGCUAACACUACAUGUGAAGUGAUUUGGCUUCUCUUCAUUCUAAAAGAACUGAAGGUUGAGCAUAGCUGCCAACCCAGUGUUUCACGAAAGAACCAAACACAUAGAUAUAGACUGUCAUUUAGUGAGGGAAAAGAAUGA